CAGCGCGUCGUCAGCUGUAUGUGCGCCGGUCAGAGAGCACCGCGCUCAGGUUACUUUUCUUUAAUAUGCUGGAAUAACUAACAGUAAAUGCGUUUGUUUUAAUGCAAUAUGUACAGGCAAUGCAAAGCUUUGGAUGACACCUUCUGCAUACUUUGGAUUUACAACCUGAUGUGACAGCGCUGGACGUCACAGUGAUGCUGGAGGAGUAAAACUGGAGACUUAUUUGACCAUGUUUACCUGCGCACGGAGGAACUUGACAUCUCUCAGUAUGUGAGCUGGUGUUGUGGAUUUCAUCUGCGAAGCCGGAUUCAAGCUGUCCGUCAAACUCUUAUAUUGACCCACUGCCAUCAUAAAUCAUGGAUGUGGGAAACGUCACCAUCCCUGGGAACGUGUCGGACGUCCACCUGGUCACACACAGUCUGUGGGAGGUGGUCACCAUAGCGAUCGUCUCCGCCGUCGUCAGCUUCAUCACGAUUGUUGGGAACGUUCUGGUGAUGUUGUCUUUUAAGGUGAACAGCCAGCUGAAGACAGUCAACAACUACUAUCUGUUGAGCCUGGCCUUCGCCGACCUCAUCAUCGGCAUUUUCUCCAUGAACUUGUACACCUCCUACAUUCUGAUGGGUUACUGGUCUCUGGGCAGUUUAGCGUGUGAUUUGUGGUUGGCGCUGGAUUACGUGGCCAGCAACGCCUCCGUGAUGAACCUACUGGUGAUCAGUUUAGAUCGAUACUUCUCCAUCACCAGACCUUUGACGUACCGAGCCAAACGGACGCCGAGGCGAGCUGGCGUCAUGAUCGGCCUCGCAUGGCUGGUGUCGUUCGUUCUUUGGGCUCCUCCGAUCCUGUGCUGGCAGUAUUUGGUAGGUAAGAGAACGGUACCUGAGAGACAGUGUCAGAUCCAGUUCUUCUCUGAACCAGUCAUCACUUUCGGAACGGCCAUAGCGGCUUUUUACAUUCCCGUGUCCGUCAUGACUAUCUUAUACUGCCGGAUAUACAAAGAAACCGAGAGGCGCACGAAAGACCUGGCCGAGCUGCAGGGAGUCAACUCCUCGACGAACUCCGGCAGCACUGCUCAGCCUCGAAGAACCAUUGGAUCCUGUUUCAAGUGCAAACAUCUGAAGGACGCUUCACGGCGGAAUCAGACGUCUUGGUCCUCCUCGCAUCGCCCCGAUGCGCCCGAGUGGCCGAAAACCCACCAAGUCGCCAACUUCAACAGCUACGGCUCUUCUGAAGACGACGAGCGCUCGGUGUCUCCCGCCGUCGUCCAGACGCCCUACAGACAUCAGCAGAGCAAAGUGGCGGCGUCCAAUGGCAACUGCGAGGAAGAUGCCGUCUUCCCAUCCUCCCUCAAAGGAAGUCCUCAGAGGAACAAGAAAUGCGUUUCUUACAAGUUUAAGCCGGUUUCAAAAGACGAAGGGUUGCAGCAGAAUGCCGACAGUGAAAGGAAGGCCGGGACCUCUUCGUUCUCAUCCGCCGAGUCCGUGAACGCACCUUCCUCUUCAUCUUCAUCCAAACCCGCAGACAGCACGUUGAAAAGCCAGAUGACCAAGAGGAAGAGGAUGGUGCUGAUCAAAGAGAGGAAGGCCGCUCAGACUCUCAGCGCCAUUUUGCUGGCGUUCAUACUGACGUGGACGCCCUACAACAUCAUGGUGCUCAUCUCCACCUUCUGCUCGGACUGCAUCCCGCUGGCGCUCUGGCAUCUGGGCUACUGGCUGUGUUACGUCAACAGCACGGUGAACCCCAUGUGCUACGCGCUGUGCAACAAAACCUUUCAGAAGACGUUCCGCAUGCUUCUGAUGUGCCAGUGGAGGAAGAAGAGGGUCGAGGAGAAACUCUACUGGUGUGGACAAAACCCUGCGGCCGGCAACAAGUUAACCGGAGGGACAUGA